GUGACAAAUUGUUUUGUAGACAGAUGGCUGGAUGCGGAGGAGGCUUAGCAGGAGGAGUUUUGGUGAGAGGUAUUUGAGGAGCUACAGCCCGUGUCCAAGAUUUUGCGGGCCGUUCGGAUUUAGAUGGUGCUGUUUGCGGUUGUGUGUUUUUGUUGAGAAGAUUUUAGUAUGAAGAGAAUGCAUAAGUCGGGAAGAGAUCUCUGCAGAGUGGAGAGGGAGGAGACGAGGAGAAACAGCUGUGCUGUAGUGGAAGGAAUUGUGACGGCUUCGAUGGUUUGGACAGGCUGAUCAGGUGUUGUUCGUGGAAGCUGAAGCACACCAUGCAUGGAGAGAAUGAAUUCGAGAGGGUGGAAGUGUGCAUUGGACUGGAUUGGUCCCGGCGUGCCUCUCUGCUUGUGAGAAAGCCUUUCGGUACUGCUGCCUCGUGGAGCUCGAUAGGCUUGUGUAGUUACUCACACGUGUGACCGUUACGGGAUGACGACGAGCGCCGGCAUAAUCUGUGCGGCUUCAAGUUGCUUCUCGUGAAUGCUUCUCAAGUGCUGGAACACCACCGUUUAGAAAAAUUUGAGAUAAUCAAGUGUGGAAUAGUUUGCAGCUCACGACUCCGUAUGGAAAGGAUGUCUGACACAAAUUUUAUUUAAACUAUCCUGUUAAAGAUGUAUUGGGAUGACGUGCCGCAACUUACAACGCUGUAAGCUCGACGACUGCAGCACGGCAGUCGCGGAUAAGCACGCCGGGUAGUAAUUAUAGUUCUUCGUAGCAGUCUGGUACUUCAAUCUUGUAAGUGAAAAUGUGUGGAGUAUCGCAAGGCGUCUUCUGCUGCGUCCGUAUCUCUUAAGACAUCAGUCGAACAGACAGCUCGGGGUGAUGGAGCCUGUCUUGGACUUGAACUAAUGUGCAGACAACAUGUGCUCCAACAUGGAAGAGGCAGAGGCAGGUAGAGGGAACAGAUAGGAAUGGAACAAAGAAGCCAAGUCGAAUGUAAACGAAUCGAAUUUUUCAAUCCAAGCUCUAGAGGGUUAGCAAGCGGCCAGGAGCGGGGUUCACCUUUCAUUGGCUACACAUUGUUGCGGUUGCUAAGGAGCUUAUCAUGGUCUAGAGGACUGCGGAUUCCGCGUUGUCUAACAUCUUCCAAUCACCGGAAUCAUAAUCCUGUUACCCCUCUUUACCAUUCCGAUCACAUCAAGGCUGUGAGUUGCUGCGCGGUUUUUUAUUUUGCGCCUAAGAUGAAAGCCUCACGGGCAUCGCUGUUGAGCCAAUUGGGAAGGAUAUCGAUUGAUGUUACUUCUGAAGAUCAGUUUGAAGUUCGCAGCAUGGAUGGAACAAGUUCAACCCUUAGCAUGGAGCGCCUCAGUGUAGACCUUGUUGGUGAUGGAGACUUCAACUUAAGUUUAAAUCAUGGUGAUGACGGUGCAAGCAGCUCGGCGGAGUCUUCACCUUUGGGAUGGCCGUUGGCAAGAAUGGACAGGCAAAGUGCAGCUCCUUCAUCUUGUUCAUCCAGUCUUACUUGUGAAAGGAAACAUUUCAUGUGGGAAAGACAGAGAGAGAAGAAGACGACAGAGCUCUCAGAGGUGGAGAUGAUGAAGGAGAGGUUUGCAAAACUAUUGCUUGGUGAAGAUAUGUCAGGUGGGGGCAAAGGGGUUUGCACAGCGUUGGCUAUAUCGAAUGCAAUCACAAAUUUGUCAGCGUCAGUGUUUGGAGAGCUAUGGAGGCUAGAACCACUCCCUAUGAAGCGGCAGACCAUGUGGAGACGAGAGAUGGAGUGGAUGCUUUCAGUUACUGACCAUAUUGUUGAGCUGGUUCCUUCUUGGCAAAGGUAUCCAGAUGGAAGCAGAAUGGAGGUAAUGGUCAGCAAACCUCGACCAGAUCUUAAUAUCAACUUGCCCGCACUUAGAAAGCUGGACAAUAUGUUAUUGGAAUCGCUCGGAAGCUUCCAAGAGACGGAAUUCUGGUAUGUGGACCACGGGAUUGCAGUUUCUGAGGACAGUAGAAGUGCGCGACAUUCUAUGCAACGCCAAGAAGAGAAGUGGUGGUUGCCCACACCCAAUGUACCAGAGAAUGGUCUUUCUGAGGCUUGCAAGAAGUUCCUACACUAUCAACGUGACGCCACAAAUCAAAUUCUUAAAGCUGCUAUGGCUAUCAAUGCGCAAGUUUUGGUUGAGAUGGAGCCACCAGAAGCUUACCUUGACACUCUGCCCAAGAAUGGAAAAGCUUCUCUCGGCGAUGAAUUGUACCGGGCUAUAGCCUCCGAACACUUCUCUGCCGAGCAUCUCGUCUCGACCUUGGACAUUGAUGAUGAACACAACAUUUUAGAGAUGGCGAACCGUUUAGAAGCUGCUGUGGUUGGAUGGCGGCGAAGAAUUCAGGCAAAGUCUAUGGCACAGAUGUCACCUUACGGUAACAAGCUUAACAAUAGAACCUCUUGGGGCAAAAUGAGACACCUUGUUGGGGAUACGGAUAGGAGAGCACUGCUUGCUGAACGAGCGGAAAGUGUUCUUAUAAGCCUGAAGCAGCGAGUUCCUGGAAUGGCGCAGACCGUUUUGGACGCAAAUAAGAUUCAAUUCAACAGGGAUGUGGGGCAGUCAAUUCUCGAAAGCUACUCCAGGGUGCUGGAAAGUCUAUCGUUUACCAUCAUUUCACGCAUUGAUGAUGUCUUGUACGCGGAUGAUCUUGUGAAGAGGUCUAUUGUACCUCAACUAUCCGUUGCAAAAGAAGUUUCAGUGUCGCGACGCCUAGGUUUCUCAAGCCGAAGAACGAGGUCACAUGGGAGCGAGUCAAAGCGGUUCACUAACCUGAACACCACAUUCGCAACUCCCAUCAUCUCGCCAAGCUUUUCCCCUUCCCUCAGUCCACUUAAAGCAACACCUAAUUCUCCACACAACGUUGCUACCGGACUAAUUAUAGCGUCGUCUCUGGGUAAAGCACUGUCAGAGUACAUGUGCAGGCAUAUACCAGAGGGUGAAGCUUUAUCAGAAAAUGAAAUAUCACGCAAACUCCAAGUAGAUGGGGUUAAAUCAUGGGCACAUGCUAGACAUCUUGAGAAAUCAAAUGUCCAUCACAGUCUUGGGCGGGAUUAGUUGUAGUGAGCAGUGAGUUGCUUUUGCUUUGUACAUUAUACAUUCUUCAGCGAUCAGAAUUUGCCAUGCCAUAAGUGUAAAAUACACUGUACAUUCUCCUUUCUAUGUAUAAUGGAAGUCGAUUUCAUGUCAUUAAUGAAAGAU